AUUCCUGCUCCCGCAGCCCAUUCAGAGGAGUUCCCGGAGGAAUGUCGUGUUUUUGAACGGGAUCGCAGAUGGGUUCUGAAACCCAGAACACGGAUGACUCGCUCGGAUACAGCCCCGGGCGUCCUGAUUGGAUGUUGUGACUCGUAGAUGUGGGUUCCUGAUUAGCGGUCAUGCACCGAUGCGUGUUCCUGUUUGGUGUUCCUACAGGACCCAUCAAAGCCAAUCACAAGCCGCACCCAGCUAAGCCAAUCAGGGGACAUGGCAGGAAAAAUACCCAAAGAGGAGCUGGAGGACCUGAGAGAAGCCUUUGCGAGAGUUGACCUGGACAGCAACGGCUCCAUCUCAGCCUUCGAGCUCCAUGACCUCUUCAAGGAGGCCAACCUGCCUCUGCCAGGGUUCCGGGUCCGGGAGAUCAUCCAGAGGCUGGACCGCAACAACGACAACCUGAUCAGCUUCGACGAGUUUGUGUCGAUCUUCCAGGAGCUGAAGAAUGGAGAGAUCGCCAAGAGCUUCAGGAAGGCCAUCAACAGGAAGGAGGGGAUCCUGGCCAUUGGGGGAACCUCUGAACAGUCCAGCGAAGGAACCCAGCACUCCUUCUCUGAGGAAGAACGCUUUGCGUUUGUGAACUGGAUCAACUCCGCCCUGGAGAAGGACCCUGACUGCCAGCACCUGCUGCCCAUGGACCCCACCACGGAGGCCCUGUUCGGGGCCAUGGGGGAUGGCGUGCUGCUCUGUAAGAUGGUGAACCUGUCCGUGCCAGACACCAUCGAUGAGAGGACCAUCAACAAGAAGAAGCUGACACCGUUCACCACGCAGGAGAACCUGAACCUGGCUCUGAACUCGGCCUCGGCCAUCGGAUGUCACGUGGUGAACAUCGGAGCUCUGGACCUGAAGGAGGGCAAACCCCACCUGGUUCUGGGUCUGCUCUGGCAGAUCAUCAAGAUCGGCCUGUUCGCCGACAUCGAGCUCAGCCGGAACGAAGCCCUCGCUGCUCUGCUCCGGGACGGGGAGACCCUGGAGGACCUUAUGAAGCUGUCCCCAGAGGAGCUGCUCCUCCGCUGGGCUAACUUCCACCUGGAGAACGCCGGCUGGCAGAAGAUCUCCAACUUCAGCGGCGACAUCAAGGACUCCAGGGCGUACUUCCACCUUCUGAACCAGAUCUCCCCUAAAGGCACGGAGGAGGACCAGCCGCGCAUCGACAUCAGCAUGGCCGGCUUCAGCGAGAAGGACGACCUGAAGCGGGCGGAGAUCAUGCUGCAGCAGGCCGACCUGCUCGGCUGCCGUCAGUUUGUCACGCCCACCGACGUCGUCAGCGGCAACCCCAAGCUCAACCUGGCGUUCGUGGCCAACCUCUUCAACAAAUACCCGGCGCUCACCAAGCCUGAGGGGGAGGACAUCGACUGGGGAUUGCUGGAGGGUGAGACACGAGAGGAGAGAACCUUCCGGAACUGGAUGAAUUCCCUGGGGGUGAACCCACACGUCAAUCAUCUCUACGGGGACCUUCAGGAUGCGAUGGUCAUCCUCCAGCUGUAUGAGAAGAUCAAGGUUCCUGUGGACUGGAGCAACAAGGUCAACAGACCCCCGUACCCCAAGAUCGGGACCAACAUGAAGAAGCUGGAGAACUGUAACUACGCGGUGGAUCUGGGGAAGUCUGCCAAGUUCUCCCUCGUGGGCAUCGGAGGUCAGGACCUGAACGAUGGGAACGCCACCCUGACGCUGGCGUUGGUCUGGCAGCUGAUGAGGAGGUACACCUUGAACGUUCUGGAGGAUCUGGGAGACGGGCAGAAGGCCAACGAUGACAUCAUCGUCAGAUGGGUGAACAGCACCCUGGCCGAUGCUGGGAAGACGUCAAAGAUCAACAGCUUUAAGGACCGGGAGAUCAGCAGCAGUCUGGCCGUGGUGGACCUCAUAGACUCCAUCCAGCCCGGCAGCAUCAACUACGACCUGGUGAAGACCAGCGACCUAUCGGACGAGGAUAAACUGGAGAACGCCAAAUACGCCGUUUCCAUGGCGAGGAAGAUCGGCGCGCGGGUCUACGCCCUUCCAGAGGACCUGAAGGAGGUCAAGCCCAAGAUGGUGAUGACGGUGUUUGCCUGCUUGAUGGGCCGCGGGAUGAAGCGGGCGUAGACGGGCCCUGACCCCUGACCCCGUGACCCUCCCCGCCCCCACCCCCAGCCCCUCUCCCUCUUUGACGGAGCGCCCCCCACGACCAGGAAGGAUAUGGAUGAUGUCAGGGUGGCGGACAGCACCCCACCCCCCACCCCCACCCCCCACGUGUUCCCUGGACGAGGCCGGGUGCUGAACUAAGUCGUAGGGCGGUCCGGGAAGAGGUGGCCUGCGCUACCGCGUUGCUUUGCGAAAGAAACAGAAAUGAAGGGAAUUGUGUUGGCGCCUAACGGGAAGCCUCGUCGACGUGUAAGAACGCUGUUCGUUGGUAUUGUUGUGUGAUCGUGUGUGUGUGUGUUUCCAGCUGCAAGGUUGUUUACAUUGUAUUGUUCUCACCGACUGAGGAGUUAAAAGAUGUCCACCAGACGUAACGCAGUCCUUAUUCUCGUACCAAAGGAAAUUUCAUAUUGAAAUUAAAAUUUCGUUUUGGCAAAAAAAAUUAUAAAAAAAACUAAAAGAUUGUUGCAGUAGUUUAGAGACGUGCACGUGAAAAUUGAAGUGGUAUCUGGUUAAAUUACCACAGUCGUCGGCUGGUCCUCAUCUCCUGUAUGGUUACCACGCCUACAGAUGUCCUGACUCCCUGAACCUUAAGGAUGCCAGUGUUUAAUCCCUGGGAUUGCGAUUUGUGUGUGCGUGUGUGUGUGUGCGUGCGUGUGUGUGUGCGCGCGCACUGGUGUCGUUCCUUCCGGCAUCUGGCCUGACGACGAAUCAGACUGUUACCAUGGAAACAGGAUCUGACCUUUUGCUUUUCCUUGAUUACCGCCGUGCCUUGUCGUCGUGACGACCACCCCAAGCCGCUCUUUGAACUUGUCUUUUGUCUUGUCUCCUCCCGUUAUUAUUAUUACUUUUUUUUGUAUUCGACUUGUUAGCAAAUAUAAAGAAAUCGUCUCAUUCCAGGUAACUUUGUGACGCUGUGCGAUGCACCGUGUGAUAUGUUAACGGUCACGCCUGCUACGCAAAUGCUUUAUACAUAAACAAUAAAUAAGUCUUUAAAAAAUA